AUGGAAUUGGAAAAAUUUACUGAGAAAAUGGAAAUCAGAUGGAAUGUAAGAUCGAAACGGGCUCCGCUUUGGCUGUUCAGUGUUUUUCUUAUGUGGAGUACAGUCGGAGCACUGACUCGCUAUACUAUACCAGAGGAACUACAAGAGGGGUCGGUCGUUGGAAAUAUCGCUAAGGAUCUUGGUUUUGUUUUCUCAGAUAUCGCAAAUCGGAAUUUACGGGUAGUUUCUGAGAACAGCGGGCAGUAAUUUCAGCGUUGGUUCAAAAGGGGUGAGUUAGUUGUGAACAGCAGAAUUGACAGAGAAAGUCUAUGUACUCAGAGCGCUAGCUGCGUACCAUUACAAGUUAUAAUAGAAAAUCCGUUACAACUGCACAGAGUCGAUAUAGAAAUACAAGAUAUUAAUGAUAACGCACCAAUUUUUCAAACAUCAGAAGGUGUUUUGGAAAUCGCUGAAUCCAUCACACCGGGAGACCGAUUUCCGCUUGAGAGUGCUGAGGAUUUGGAUGUUGGGAAAAACAGCUUAAAAACAUAUGUUUUAAGUAAUGACGAAUGUUUUCGGUUAAGUAAAACACUUGGGGACGGUAGAAAAGUACCAGAGCUUGUGAUUGAUAAACCACUUGACAGAGAGAAAAAAUCUGCCCAUAAAUUAAUUUUAACUGCCGUAGAUGGCGGUGAUCCUGCGAAAACUGGUACUACUGUAAUACAAAUCAAUGUUCUUGACAGUAAUGACAAUGCUCCAAAAUUUGACUUGCCAAUGUACAAAUCAUCCCUACGGGAAGCUGCUCCUGUCGGUUCAACUGUGUUAACAAUAAAAGCUACUGAUUUAGAUGAAGGUGAUAAUAGCGAGUUACAAUAUUUUUUAGGCGUCCAUACAUCUGAGCCUGUGAGAAAAAUGUUCGUCUUGAAACCGGACACGGGAGAAAUUAUAGUUUUAGGAAACAUCGACUACGAAUCAACUAAAUCAUACAGAUUCGAUGUUAGUGCAAAAGACAAAGGGAAUCCAGAACUAGUGGGUCAUUCGUCGGUGCAAAUAGACAUAAUUGAUGAAAAUGACAACCCUCCAGAGAUCAUUUUAACAUCGUCACCCAGCCCUGUGCCUGAAAAUGCCUCUGUCGGAACUGUUGUGGCUUUAAUUAAUGUCAAGGAUUUAGAUUCGGGUGUUAAUGGUCGAGUAAACAUAAAAAUAUCACCAGGGUUUCCAUUUAAACUGAAACCAUCCUUUGAAAAUCAUUAUUCACUGGUAACAGACUCAUCUUUAGAUCGUGAGAUUAAUGCAGAAUACAAUAUAUUAUUAGUAGCGACCGACUCUGGUGUGCCAUCUUUAAAAACAGAGAAGACUAUAAAUGUAAAAGUGCUUGACGUGAAUGACAAUCCUCCGUCGUUCUCGCAGACCUCAUACAGUUAUAUAAACGAAAAAUAACUUAGCGGUGUUUCGUUGUUCGUUGUGUCCGCAUCUGAUAAUGAUCGAGAUAAAAACGCUCUUCUCACAUACUCAAUUUUGGAUUUAGGUUCAAACCAAGUGCCAUCAUCAUCUUAUUUUUAUAUUGACUCAGAGAACGGAACUAUUUACAGCAUGAGUUCAUUUGAUUAUGAGAAAAUAAAACUAAUCAGCAUUGUAGUGCAGGCUAAAGAUCAAGGCUCUCCAUCUCUGAGCAGCAACGCAACUGUUCACGUGUUUAUUCUGGACCGGAACGAUAAUGCACCUGCUGUCAUUUACCCGUCCACAUCCAUGGGCUCGGUCUCUCACCAGAGGAUGCCCCGGUCUGCUAAAGCAGGACAUCUCGUUACUAAGGUAACAGCAGUGGACGGUGACUCGGGUCAUAACGCCUGGCUGUUCUACAGGCUCGCGGAGGCCACGGACGCGUCUCUGUUCAGUGUGAAAUUUAAUACGGGAGAGGUGAGGACUAAACGCGCUGUUUCAGAGCACGAUGACUCCUCUCAGAGACUGGUCAUAGAGAUAAAUGAUAAUGGAGAACCAAUCCAGUCCACCACAGUCACAGUGGAUAUACUGAUAGAGGACGGGUUUCAUGAGCCCAUCUCAGACUACAGAGAGAAAACUAUUGAGCCCAGCAAGAAAACUGGCAAAUUAACACUAUCUAUUAUCUCUUUGGCGUCUGUGUCUUUGUUGUGUCUGAUGACGUUUUUCAUCUUACUGGUGAAAUGUGCGCGUGGCAGUAGAGGCGGCUCAAGCUGCUGUAUCAGGAGGACAACUCUGAUUACAAAAAACCCCAACAGAAACCUGCAGAUCCAGCUCACACUAGGGCCCAUUAAGUAUGUGGAGGUUCUGGGAGGAGAUAUGAUGUCUCAGAGUCAGUCCUUUGGCUCUUAUCUCUCUCUGUCAGAAUUCAGUGAUCUCACCCUCAUUAAGCCCAGCAGCACCACAAACUUUACAGACACGUUAAACACGCUUGAUGCGUCAUUACCAGACAGCGCGUGGACGUUCGAGAGCCAACAGGGAGUGUGUUCGCCUUUAAGAGAGAAUCUUUUCUCUAUUGGUCAGCACUGCACUGAGCUCAGCGCCAAUGAGGUGCGAGACCAUACAAAGAGAUCUACUCCCUCCCUUAGCAGGAACGGGCUACAAUGA